UUCUUUUUAGAAAAUAAUACAAUCAUAGUCGGUGUAAUUGGGCAUACCAAGAAGAAAGCACAUCCGCCAAGCGGCUGCUGCUGCUCCAAUUCUCUCUUUUAUUCCCUCCUCUCACUCUUGAGUCUUGAUUAGCCAAGAAAAUACCUAAAUUGUUUAAACCCUAUAUAAUUGCAGGCAAAAUUACUGCUCCAAUUUCAUUGGAGAGUCAUCGGCGGGUAGUCCUCGCCUUUAUUUGCAGGUUUUCUGGCAGCCUCGACCUGGGGGUUUUUGCGGGAUCGGAGAUUUUAGUUUAGAAUCUUCUUUCAUUCUUUGCUAAGAUGAAGCUCUCUUUCUCCCUCUCCUCAAAGCCCCAAAAUUCAACCCUCAAGAAACCCUCUGCCGCCGCCACCGACGCCGAAGAGUCAAAGGAAUUCGUUACCGAAUUCGACUCCUCCAAGGCCCCAACCGCCAAAAACCGGGAUAAUCGGGUAAUUCCUCCUAAGCCCAACGAAUGGAGGCCGACUAAGAAGAUGAAGAACCUCGAGCUCCCACUCCAAUCUGAUGCUCAAGAGCAACCGAUGCUCCAAUUUGAAGCUGUUGAAUCUGGCUCGUCUGACCCUACAUCUGAGGGUAUGUCCUACGGCCUUAAUCUGCGUAAUUCGGGUAAUGAGGCCGGAGCGAACCCACAGGAAUUUCCUGGUUCGGCAUCUAACGAGGACCCUGUGUUGCAUAAAUUGAGGGAGGAUUUGAAGAGGUUACCGGAGGAUGCUGGGUUUGAGGAGUUUGAGGAUAUGCCCGUUGAGGGAUUUGGUCGGGCGUUGUUAGGUGGGUAUGGUUGGGUUGAAGGCAAGGGUAUCGGAAAGAAUGCGAAAAAGGAUGUGGACAUAGUGGUGUUAAAGAAACGAACUGGUAAGGAAGGGUUAGGGUUUACUGGUGGAUUACCGGAAUUACCAGCUGAAGCCAAUCGUGAAAAUGGUGGUGGGACUAAUAAUAGUAGGAGGAAAGGAAGUGACAGAGAUGGUAAGGAGAAGGGAAGGGAAGAAAAGGACUUUUAUGUGGGGAAAGAAGUGAGGAUUGUGGGUGGAAGGGAAGUUGGGAUGAAAGGUAGGAUACUUGAGGUGAAACACGGUGGGGAAGUUGCGAUUUUGAGGCUUUUUAAGAGUGAGGAGGAUGUAAGUGUUUGUGUUAGUGAUUUGGCCGAUUUGGGAUCAGUUGAGGAGGAGAGGUGUUUGAGAAAGCUGAAGGAGUUGAGGAUUAGAGAGAAAAGUGAUGUUAGUGAUAAGAAAAUUGGCAGAGGUAGGGAUAAAGAUUUGGUGAGCAGUUGGACGGAUUGUAGAGAUAGAGAAAUGAAAGAUAGGAAGAAGGAUGGUAAGAGGGGAAGGGGGGAGAUUAAGGGUAGCGAUAAGUUAUCCUGGUUGACUAACCAUAUCAGAGUUAGGAUUAUAAGCAAGAAUUUAAAAGGUGGAAGAUUGUACCUGAAAAAAGGGGAGGUCGUGGAUGUGGUUGGGCCAACAACUUGUGACAUAUCCAUGGAUGAGAACAGGGAGUUGAUACAGGAGGUGGAUCAGGAGCUACUGGAGACAGCACUUCCAAGGCGUGGAGGACCGGUUUUAGUUUUGUAUGGUAAACAUAAGGGUGUCUAUGGAAGCCUAGUGGAAAGGGAUACAGAGAAGGAAACAGGUGUGGUUAGGGAUGCUGAUUCACAUGAAUUGCUUAAUGUUCACCUUGAGCAAAUUGCAGAGUAUAUUGGGGAUCCAAGCUACAUAGGUUAUUAGUUGAUUCCUAGUAAUGAGAUGCAGCAUUUCUCGAUUGAUACUGUGUUUCAAAGUUCAAGGUUAGCAGAGAGUGUGUUCUUUUAGGAUUGCAAGCUUCAAAUAUUUAUUCCAAGUGAAGAUUAAGAAUUGUAUUUGCAUAAAAAUGUUUUGAGUAAGGUUUGGGACUCAGUUUUUUUUUUUUUGUCUGGAAACUGAAAUCUGUGUCUCAGUCGUAGCAGUUCAAGAUAUGUGUAGCAGUUCUAUAUAGUUGUUUGCUUCACCAUGUGGAGUUCUACUUAGCUAAUUUCAUCAUUUACCAUUCGUAACUAUUAAUAUUCUUUGGUGCUGCUUUAGAUCUCAGUUGGGGUUUAUCAAUUUGCAUUUGAAUGAUGGUAACAGCAAGGUGCAGCAUAUUGUUGGGAGAGUUCUCUCCAUUUAUUUAUUGAGCUUAAAUUUUGAGUUAAUGUUUUGUGGACGGCAACAAACAAGAUUAUUAGUUGCUGCUGUAUAAAUUAUGCUGUUUACUUUUUUUCCUUGGAACUUUGGAUUUUUGCUUUUGACUUUUUCUUUGGCCAUGAAUUUAGUUUGGGAUAAUAGUUACGCUGAUCUGUAACCUGCAUGGUACUAUGGAUAUAAUGCUUUGUGACUUCAUUUUAAAGAAUUAAAUGCUUCCUUGUUGGUUCAUAUUUAGGUAAUGUUGGGUUCUGUACAAUCAUCAAAAAGGUAGUUACUAAAUUUCUUGGGAUCAAGACUUUCUUAUGAGGGUCGUUAUGAACUGUUAAUUACAAGUUAAGAUGCCAAAGGAGGAAUUUUUAUGUAAGGCUAGUAAUGUUUUUUGUUGUGAUACUACAUCUGAAGCCAACUGAUUUGCUAAAGGGUAAAGUAUAGUAAUUCUUGUCUUAUUUGGUUUGACUUUUGUGAGCUAGACUAUGAUAGUUAUCCAUGGUAUAGGCAAAUUGCUUCUUCCACCUUAUGUUAUGUGGAAAUGUUUCCAUCAAUUUGUCCAUGAAGAGCAAGAUCCUUGCCCUGUUUGUAUCUGAAUUUUUGCUAGUAAUCCUUAAGGAGUAUGCUUUACAUGCUGCGUAAUAACUUAAAAUAUUUCGGAAGAUAUGAUAAUGAAUCAGCUGUCUUCUUCUAGUUGAAGUUGGCAUAGCAGUUUUCUAAUAACUAUUGCCUUUUACUGAUUGUGUAACAGACAUGUUAUUCAACGAGACUGAAAAAUUUAUAGAGAUUUGUAAGUAUUAUAGUUUCUUGGUGCUAAUUCUUGUUGCUUUUUAGCACUCCAAAUUUUCAUUACUUCUGGAAUCUUGAUUUGAACCCAAAAUGAGAAAAAGGGGGGGGGGUGGUUGGCGGGUACAUGCAUGUGGGCAUGGAGAAUAGUGACAAAUAUGUAUUGGACAAAGAGACAAAAAAAUUCAAGUGGAGAUUGUAAUCUUAGCUUUCAAAUCUUUUAAAGAUACAAUGCGGCAACUAAAGCAGCACGGCUCGAAAGUUUCCUUGAUGAGCUGCUUCAAGUUUUUAACGUUCAUUAUGUUAGUCCUUACUAUAAUGCUAGGGUCAGGGGAGGAUUAACAGAAUUUGUGACACUGGAUCUUUAGGUUUCAGCAAGGAAAUUAGGUGUGGACAAUGUGCGAGCACACUGGAUCUUUUACUAAUGCUAUUACAACCUAUGUUCAUGUACGGAACUUGACUUGGGGGGAAGGGUUCAUAGAAAGGACCAGAACUCAACAACUAAGAAAGCUAAAAGCUCAAAAAUGGGUGAAAGAGUUCCUAGAAAGGACCAGAACUCAACAGCUAAGAAAGCUAAAAUCUCAAAAGCUAAAGGAAGCCAAUUUGGACUUGACUACCAUGCUCAAAACUGAAGGAAGGCAACUUGGGCUUGACUACUACUGCAGGUGGCCGCCAUUUCCAAAGACUUGGAGAGCUCCUCGCAAAAAGA